AUUAUCUUCGAUCUGAACGACGGCGGCGCAGGACUCGAAUUUGAGUCCGAUCGGAUCCGACUAGAAGAUGACUCGCCGUUGUUCUCACUGCAAUCAAAAUGGACACAACUCACGUACAUGUCCAAAUCGUGGGGUUAAGCUCUUCGGUGUUCGUCUCACAGAGGGCUCGAUCCGCAAAAGUGCCAGUAUGGGUAAUCUUAGCCACUCCUCUGGCUCUGGACUGAGUGGACUCGGGUCGGGUUCUCCCGGUGACGGCCCUGACCACGGAGUCGGCGACGGUUACGCCUCCGAGGAUUUUGUUCCCGGCUCAUCCUCUAGCCGUGAAAGGAAGAAAGGGAAUCCAUGGACAGAAGAGGAGCAUAGGAUGUUCUUGUUGGGUUUACAGAAACUGGGGAAAGGUGAUUGGAGAGGUAUCUCUAGGAACUAUGUGAAGACGAGGACACCUACUCAAGUUGCAAGUCACGCUCAGAAGUAUUUCAUUAGACAGUCCAAUGUCUCUCGCCGCAAGAGACGUUCUAGUCUCUUUGAUAUCAUUCCUGAUGAGCUUAUGGAUUCUCAAGAACUGCAAGCUGAGGACAUACCCAUGGAUGAGCAAAUGCAGGGGAGUGACUCUGUUCCGGCACCAUUGAUCCUGGAAACGGAAGAGUGUGAGUCUAUGAAAUCCACCAACUCUAGCACUGAGGAGCCACCAACUAUAACAGCUUCUUCUUCUUUUGGAGCAGAAGACGCCAUCCAAACACCUCCUGGUUCAUUCCCUGUGCUAUAUCCGGCUUACCUCUCACCAUUCUUCUCAUUCCCCUUCUCGGUAUGGCCUUCUGCGUAUGUUACCGAGCCGGAAAAGGAAGAGACUCACGAGAUCCUCAGGCCAAAAGCUGUGCACUCAAAAGCCGCCCCGAUCAAUGUUGAUCAACUUCUCGGUAUGUCUAAGCUCACCCUCAAGGAGUCUAGCCAAAACGGUGUAUCGGAACAGUCUCUUUCAUUGAAACUAGUUGGAGGUUCUUCUUCAAGGCAAUCAGCCUUUCAUCCAAAUCCAGCCAGUGGUGGUGGUUCGGAGAUGAACACCGUGAUUCAUGCUCUCUAAAGAUCCGCCUGAUGGGAUGGUGGUCUCUCAGAUUUGUAGCCAUAGCCAAGUGACUCAUUGUCAUGACCAUGACUAUACAACAACAGCAACAAUUUGCAGACAGGUGCCAAGGCUGGGCUCUCGGAUUAGUUAUUGGUUGUAUUAUAAAGAUUGUUUAAAUUAGGUUUGUUUGGAUUGCUUAGUUCAGCUUUGUCUAUUAGGGUGGGAAAGAAACGAAGAUAAAUGUUACUGCCAUUUGCCCUUAAACUGCUUAGCGUUUUAGGAUUUAUUAUAAUAAGUUUUUUAAUUUUCUAUGAAUAUAUGUUCUUGUGUCUGAUAUUUAUUUUGAGUCCAUCGUUCAUAAUCCUAAUCACAAAUGUACAUACUGUUGGUUGAGAAUUGGGAGAAAGAGAGAGUCCCAUAUGUAUCGUUGGGAUUUUAUCCAAAAUAAGAAGCGAACGGCUAUGGCCGUCUCGUUGGUCCAUCGGACAUUAAGCAACAUAUGUUUCAUUUAUUUAGUGACCCACAUGACUAAAAUUAAGAUUCAAAAGUCACACAAUUGCACACAAACAAACCAAACAUAAAAAUUUGAUCAAAUAACUUUGUCGCCGCAUAUUAUUCUUCCAUAACUUUGUCGCAGCAUAUUAUUCUUCCAUCAGUUGUUUCACGUAGACCAUAUCUGAGGGCAUUUGUCGCUGAAGAACUGAUCAACGACCUUGUCUCCAAGAAUUGCUAAAGCCUGAGGAGAAUUUAUGGAUAUAGGUAUCUUGAAUUGAGACAUAGAAGUACCCUUAGAGAUGAAAUAUUCCAUGAGAGAGUCGAACGUGCCUUGUCG